AUGGGGCAUCAGAGGAAGCAAUUGCUCAUAGGUGAGCCACUCCUCCUUGCUUCGAGUAUUGCCCAAGAAUCUGAAGACGUUCCUUAUCAAGAUUCGGGCCUCCUAGUCAAGCAAGGCGCAUCCAUCGAAAUAGGGACUUCAGCCAUGAGUCAAACACCUCACGGUUGUCCUCACCACCAUAUUUAUCAGAUUUUGAACAGUAUUUUCAGGCAGCGUGGUCCCCAGCUUCGAAUGAACAAGGGUCCAUAUCAUUCGAAGUCCAUCCUCCAAAAAAAUAGGACGGGCUAUGCAUUCGCUGGUGAAAGCCAUUCUGUGGGUCUGCAAGUGAUUAUCCAUCAUCACUUGGAUCAGUACCUCCACCAGGUCCUCCGCCUUGACCUCCUUGACCAGGUUGUUGAGGACCCUGGCCUCCAUGGCCUCCAUGCCUGCCAGGUUCAGGGUUUCCACCAUGGUUGCCACCUCCUGGUCUGCGAUUAUCUUGAGGCUGACCUCAGUGGUGAUCAGCUUCCAGAUUUAGGGCUCAUCUCAGAAACCCAUCUCCGACUUGUUGUGGAGCGGCCUGGUCCUGAGCCUCAAGACCCUCAUCAUGCAUGUGUGGGGGUGCAUCAUGGCCUGAAUGGCCAUCAGCAUUCUCUGACUCUCUGGUGGGCACCGCUGGUCAGCCAUUGGAAGACCAUGUCAGAAGUGAGCAAUGAACUCAUCGAAGUGCUCAGUGAGUAUCCUCACAUUCUCAAAGUCAUGUUUGGCUCAGGACAGUUGACAGCUGAUGCUGCUCUUCCGUUCAUGGCUCGGAUGGCAGUGGGUCUCCAGUCCCCUGUGGUUCAGACUGAGGUUCGACAUCACCCUCAGUCUCAUGAGGACAUGAUUGCUGAGAGGCUCCUGAAUGGUGACCUCCAAUUCAUCCUCAACCGAUGCAUGGCCAGCUGUGCCAUGCCUGCUGGAUGA